AAAUAUUCUUUUUCUAGCUCGGGAAUAUAAAAUCGUAGGGUUUUUUUUUGGUCAUCACGAGAGAACCGCACAUUGAAAAGGGAAGGAAGAGAGAUAUUUGGCAGAGAGAGAAAACGUUGGAGGAAGGAUUGAUAUUUGUUGGACUUUGGAUCGAAAAAUUGAAAGGUAAAAGAGGUAGAGAAGCUCUGGAUUCCGUCUCUUCCCGUCGUCGGCGACGGUGGUUUUGCCCGUUGGCUCUGAGGUUAUAUCAGGCUUUAAUUUAAGUGGAUUGUCAUCUUCUGAGAUAUGGAACAAGUUUUUGUCUGGCCAAGCUGCUACCACUAUCGGCUUUUCUCAUUCCAAGAAGCGCUCGAUUGGCGGUUUCUUGUACGUUCUGAUUUCCUUGUGGGCUCUUUCGUUAACUGCACUUAGUGGUCAAACCCUCUUCUAUGAUCUUUAGGGGAAGGUGUGAGGCAAAUUUCUGAGACAGGGCUGAAGUCUGCAAAUUCUUCCUUCGCAUAGUCCUAGAGAAACCUCUUUGUUCCUCUCUUUCAUAUCUUGUUCUUAUGGGUGCUGGUUGAAGAAAGAUACAUCAAUUUCUUUUCUUUUUCAGUUUACAAAUGUCGUUUCCUUGAGUCUGAACCCCUGAGUGAGAUGUUGUGAGCAUAGGGUCCUUCCUAUUAGCCAAAACAGUCUUUCUUGUUGGUUCCUUCGCGUCUUUGAGUUCUCAGUAUGUGUUUUCCUCUUCUCUUGCUCUCUUUCUUUUGCCUAAAUGGUCAACCCGUUUAUGUUCGAAGUAAAUAACGGUCAGUCUACCCAGCUGGAGAAUCAUUGAUUUUACUGCCUUGGUGUCAAGUACUUCCUACGAACGACUGGAAGAUUAAUGCUAUAUAAAUCUUUCAGAAGUUCUUUACUUACAUAAUAUAAAGAGGCUACUUUGCUUAACCAGAAAAAAAAAGAUGGACAGGUACAAGUUAAUUAAAGAGGUUGGUGAUGGAACUUUUGGUAGUGUUUGGCGAGCUAUAAAUAAGCAGACGGGUGAAGUCGUUGCAAUUAAGAAAAUGAAAAAGAAGUACUACUCUUGGGAUGAAUGUAUUAAUCUGAGAGAAGUUAAGUCGCUCAGGAGAAUGAAUCAUCCAAACAUUGUGAAGUUGAAGGAAGUAAUCCGGGAAAAUGAUAUCCUAUACUUUGUCUUUGAGUACAUGGAGUGCAAUCUUUACCAACUUAUGAAGGAUCGACAAAAGCUUUUUGCAGAAGCUGAUAUCAAAAAUUGGUGCUUUCAAGUCUUCCAAGGCCUUUCUUACAUGCAUCAGCGUGGUUACUUCCACCGCGAUCUUAAGCCAGAAAAUCUGUUAGUCUCUAAAGACAUCAUUAAGAUUGCUGAUUUUGGCCUGGCACGUGAGGUUAAUUCGAGUCCACCUUUUACCGAGUAUGUUUCUACACGCUGGUACAGGGCUCCUGAAGUACUUCUACAGUCAUAUGUAUACACAUCGAAAGUUGAUAUGUGGGCGAUGGGAGCUAUUAUGGCUGAGUUGUUGUCUCUUCGCCCCAUUUUUCCUGGGGCUAGUGAAGCAGAUGAAAUCUACAAAAUCUGCAGUGUCAUAGGCACCCCAACUGAGGAGACCUGGUUGGAGGGACUUAAUCUUGCAAACACAAUAAACUAUCAAUUCCCUCAGCUUCCUGGUGUACCUCUUUCUAGCUUGAUGCCAUCUGCUAGUGAAGACGCAAUUAAUCUUAUUGAGCGACUUUGCUCGUGGGAUCCAUCCAGCAGACCGACUGCUGCAGAGGUGCUGCAGCACCCGUUCUUCCAGAGUUGCUUUUAUGUCCCACCAUCUCUUCGUCCCAAGCCUUCUGUUGCAAGAACUCCUCCGCCUGUCGGGCCUAGGGGAUCAUUCGAGCACCAAUCAGUUAAACGGUACCCAGUGUCUCUUGCCAAUGCUAAGCCAUUCAAUAGCUAUGUUUCCCCAAAGUCAAAUGCCGCUUUUGGCAGUGGUGUCCAGCGGAAACUUGAUAUGGUUAAUCAAGAUGGGACGAGAAACACUAAACCCGUGAGAAGUUCUGUCAGAGACUCCAAAUACAGACCACCCGGAAAAAAGAGUCCUCCAGCAGCAUCGUUGAACAAGAACCGGGUCACUCGUAGUAGUGUAUCCGAGACUGCUGAUAAACUCGCAAACAUGACCAUUGGAGCAACUGGAUCUCGAAGACACUCUGUGUCUGUGGUUGGACAGCAUCAACAGCUGAAACCACCUCCGAUGAAGGCAGGUUGGGUAGGAGAAACACGUGACAUGUUCCUUAGACCAACACAACCCACCACCAAUGCCUACUCUAGGAAAGUCGCCGGAUGACCCCUAAACCAAUAGUAACUCAAGCAUGCCUCUUCUGAGCAAAUAUUUUACUUUAUAAACUCUCUAAUAAUCUUAUACAUCAUCAGAAAAAACAAGUCUCCUUUUUUCUUUUUUUUUCGACGGCGCGUCUUUGCCUCGUCAAUGGUUCUGCUUUUGUUUUCUUUUCUUAAUUUCUGUAUUGUUAAGGUUUGUUUUUUGCGUGUGUGACAAUUUGGUUUGCAAUAAAGAUCGACUUGGGUCU